AUGGCCGUUGGCGAUUGUGCUCCGUGGCUUCGAACGAACUGCUCUUUGAAAGUUGGUGGCGUCAACGUUGGAUGGGGUGCUAUACGGAUAGGAGUCUACCACAAGCACAUGAAAAGAUGGCUGGACAACUUCCCCAUGGACCAGAUCCACAUUGUAGAUGGAGAGCGAUUAGUCGCACAGCCCGCACUGGAAGUCAGCCGAACCGAACGUUUUUUAGGACUUGAGCCAGGUGAGGAUUCACAUUCAAUCGACAAGGUGUCGGUACAAAAUGCUUAA